UCAACAGGACAACAUCUGUGGAGAAGAAUAAAGAGUGAGCGUUGCGGGCCCGGACCCUGGGCCCUGAUCGGGAGAGUUGGGAGCCGGGGAACUGGUGGAAGGAGUUAGUCUGGCGGAGAUUAAGCCGGUGAGGAGCGGGAGGCGGGCCGAUCGGAAACUCCGCCCCGGACUCAGCGAUAGCGAGAGGCGAGAAGGCGAAGCGGAGCCGGGGACGGCUCGAAGACACGGAACCGAGAAGCGCUCGGCGGCGGUCGGACUCCCCGGGCCGGGAUGAAGGGCAAGCUGUUCGUGGCGCUCACCUUCUCCUGUGUGCUCAGCGGGCUGCUGCUCUACAACCGCGCCGGCGGCGGCCUGGGCCAGUGGAAGCAGUCGGCGACCAUAGAGCGGGUCGUAGAUGUUUCAACUCCAGACAAUGUGACAGUGGUCCCCAAACCUUCCAAAGCUGGCCAGUUGGAAAAGUGUCCAAAUGAUCCACCGGAUCUUGUUGGGCCCCUGAGGAUCGUGUUUGAUGAGGAGCAGACGUUGGAAGAGAUAGCCAAAUUAAAUGCAUACGUGCAGUUUGGAGGACGGUACAAACCAGCGAACUGCACCCCUCUGCAACACGUUGCUAUCAUCAUUCCAUUCCGCAAUCGUGAUCACCACCUGAGACACUGGCUCUACUAUCUUCUCCCGAUCCUACGCCGGCAGCAGGGAGAUUUUGGCAUUUAUGUUAUUGAGCAGGCUGGUGACGGAACAUUCAACCGAGCCAAGUUGCUCAAUGUGGGAUUUGCAGAAGCUUUGAAAGAGAACGAAUAUGACUGCUUUAUAUUCAGCGAUGUUGAUAUUAUACCUGAGAACGACAGGAACCUUUACCGUUGUAGCGCGAAUCCGCGUCAUCUGGCCUGUGCUAUGGACAAGUUCAAUUAUCGGUUACCAUAUACUGGCUAUUUCGGAGGGAUUGUAGCUUUUACCAAGGAGCAGUAUUUGAAGAUAAAUGGUUUCUCCAAUAAUUAUUGGGGCUGGGGAACUGAAGAUGACGACACAUUCAUGAGAGUGAAACUGAAUGGCAUGACUGUUGACCGGCCUGAGAGCAACAUUGCAAGAACCAAAAUGAUACGACAUGAAAGAGACAAAGGAAACGAGGUCAAUGAGAAAAAUUAUGUUGUUUAUAACAGGAUGAAAUUCACAAGGCACCAUGAUGGCUACAAAUCCCUUAAAUAUUCAGUCAUCAAAAUAGAAAAAACCCAACUUUUCACGAAGAUUACAGUCGAUAUUGGAAAACCUCCAUCGUAGAGAAGUGGAAGAGUGCCUUUACCACCACCAUUACGAGUGGAAUUAACCAAAGAAGAGUGUGUGUGUGUGUGUGUGUGUGUGUGUGUGUGUGCGCGCGCGUGUGUGUGUAUACGCUGCCUCGGACCACUGUUCAGACACUUAAACACACGAAUGACACACAUGCUAAAUGACUCGAGUCUCCUCACUUUAAAGGAAGUGAUCCAUCGUCUCUUGCUUCUGUAGAUAUGGGGGAAGAGGCUAUUAAAAUGUGUCUGCCACAACCUUUUCUUGAGCAGAGAGAGGGCUCCCUAAUGCUGCUCAAUAAUGAAAAUAGCAAGAGGUUGUGAAUGAGCUCUUGCUCUUGACUCAGUGAUAUCUUGCAUUGAUUCUGUCAUUCAUUUUUCAAGUAUUUUUCACCUUUAGUUUGGAUAUAAAGGGGUGGGAUCUGUUGGAUUGUAGGAUUCAAGGAGGAUGACGACUUGCAGGUAACAUUCUCUCAUUUGCAGUUCCUUCUCCACCUUUAUCUGGCUAGUAACCAAGUCUAAAGAGGAGGGAUGAGAGUUCCUUGGUCCCUCUUGGACUCUAUCAACUCUUGGGAAUGGCCCGUGUUUUAUUUUGCUGAUUCAUUACUUUUAUUUUUCCUGGGUGACGUUAAGCUCAUUGUUGACAUGUGGGAUGGUUCUGCUGAUGAUGGGGAGCAGAGGUCUAUUGCAGUUUGUACAGGUUGACUCCACCCACUUCCUCACACCCACCCCCACCACCACCACUAAGACCACAGUCACACAUCCCAUCACCCAUGUCCAAAGUGACCUUGACUGUUGCAUCCGUCAUGCUGGCACUCAGUUCUCUGUCAAUUUGCAGAGGCCCUGUCUCUUUAAAGGUGCUGAUCAAUGUGGAGUAAUAUUCCUUUGGCACUGGUUACCCUGUUGCUCUUCACAGAAGUGCCCGUUUGUAGCAUGUGAUAUUCAAGAUCAGUGUAAUCCAAUAAUAGUAGAUUCAAGUCUCAGCUCAGAAGUUGAGAUAUGGGCUGUCCAAUCAGAAUUGAGGGGGGGAAGACCUGGCUGGAAUUUCUCUCGUUGUAGAGACAAGGUUACUCAGACACACAAUCGACCUUAACCAUCUCUGUACUGAGCCUGCAUUGAAUCUGUGAUCUUACGUAGCUUUCAGACUCAGUCUUCCACUGAGCAGAGUUGUUAUCAGAUGAGCACCUCGAAAUGAACACUAUGUGUUCUCCAACUUUAUAUUCCAUGUUUACAAGGCAUUCUGUAAAUUCCAUAAUCAUGAUAGUUGACCAACUGAAUUUCUGCUUUGCAUCCUCUUUAACGUCCUACAAUUUAUGUUUGAAAUAUUUGCCACUACAGCUACACUAUUUAACUGGGAUAGGGAGAGGUGAUUAAAGACUGAAAUCUUUUUAAUCCUCCAAAUAGAGUGUCCAUCCAUGUUCCUGGAGCAACGUUGUUCACAUUACUUCCAGUCAAUGGCAGUGAUGAAAAGCUCAUUGAAAGCAUGCUGACCAUUGUGCAACGUCUCUUGCUUUUGAGUUGCUGAACUGUUCGUAACUUUUUUUUUAAAAAAAAAGCAACAGUUGUAAAUGAACCAAAGAUAACUCUGCAAAAAUGUAUAAAUUAAACUUAUUUGUAAAAUGGAAUGAUAUUUAUUUAAAUGUACAGCAGAGCGAGAAAACAAACUCUGCAGGUUUUAUGGCGAUUGUAUUAUGAAUGAUAUGGGAGAUGUGUGAAAUAUAUUUUUAAUGGACUGUUGAUUAUUUUAUUUCUUUGUAGUUUUAUUGGUUCCAAGUUCUGAGAAAAUAUGACUCAGAUUUUGCCCUGACUGAAGUAAUAUUCAUCCACAUAUGCGGCAACCUCUGAUUCUCAUUUUUCUAACUCCACUUGCCCUGUGGCCUCAGUUGUUCAAUCCGGCAAGUAGCUGGGCCACCUAGAUUGAGAAAGGUCAACCUCCAGUUCCCAGUGCUUGCUGAAGCAAGGAGUAUAAGGGACACUGCAGAUGUCCUCUGGUGCAGGGGAAGAAAUGUUGUUCUUCUGAAAGCUCCGAAGUUUCCGGCUUCCAUUUAAAUUCUUGUUAAAACAUUGACUAAAACUUGUUUUCACCACCACAUCUUUACUUCGCAAACGUUUUCCAAAACCACAUGGCUUCCAAUUGAAAUUCCAUCUUUCAUGUUUCAGGUGCACUGGGAUUUAGAGGUAUGUUCAUGAUGUUCAACGUUCUUGAAUCAUUGUUCUCAAUCUCCUCUUACUCUUUCACUGACUCUUUCUGUCUCAAGGUGUCCCUAGACUACUACCUCCGUUGGCACGUUUGAUGAUUCAGGCAAGGAUGUUUUUUCAUUCCUUUCAGUGAUCAAAGAUUGCAUACCUAGCAAUGUGGAUUUACCCCUCCCUUCAAUAGUGAAAGCCCUUGAUGGAGUGUAUGUGGAGAGGAUGUUUCCUAUGAUGGGAGAGUCUAAGAUCGAAGAAUACAGACUCAGAAUAGAGGGGCAUCCUUUUGGAACACAGAUGAGGAGGAAUUUCUUUAGCCAGAGAGUGGUGAGUCUGUGGAAUUCGUUGCCACAGGCAGCUGUAGAGGCCAAGACUUGAUAUAUAUUUAAGGCAGAGGUAGAUAGAUUCUUGAUUGGUCAGAGCAUGAAGGGAGAAGGCAGGAGAUUGAAGCUGAGAGGAAAAAUGGAUCAGCCAUGAUGAAAUGGUGGAGCAGACUUGAUGGGCCAAAUUCUGCUCCUAUAUUUUACAGCCUUAUCUAUUCAUUGCUAACUAUUGUUUUGAUAUUGAUGUUCAAUGGUUCUAUUUAAUAUCAGAGAAUGUAUACAACCUGAAAUUCUUACUCUUCGUAGACAUCCACAAAACAGAAGAAAAACCCCAAAGGAUGAAUAACAGAAAAAAGUAGAACCCCGAAGACCCCCACACACACAACAGGCAGCAGAAAGCAUCAGCCACCACCACCACCUACCCACCACGCAAACUAUAGCAAAGCCCCCAAAGAGUUUGUGAUCUGGUCCUUCAAACACCACCGUUUGUCCUAACAGUUUAACAUCCUCCAGGCUCCCUGUCUCACUUAUCGGGGGUGGGUGGGGGGGGGGGAGAAAGAGUUAUCAUUCCUGUCGCCUCAAGAGGGGAAGCCGACAGCUUGCUGUUUCGAUGUUAGUCUGCAGCACCACAGUUAUUUUGAGUUUGCCCCAACUCGAGAAUCGGGAACAAACUCUCACCAUAGAGAGCGCGAUCACUCAAGUGCAGAGGCCUCUGAUGGCCACACCCACUCUCAUGGUGUUACAAUCUCCCUAGUGUUCCAUUAAUUUCUCACUGCCUUUACCCUCUCUCUAACCUACCCCUUCUGAAUUGGGAGUACUCCACUCACUAAGGACCAACUCCAACAUUGUCUCCAAUGCUGCUGAGGAAAGUGGCAUUGACCUCUGCCUCAGAGUUGGAUGGAAAUCCUCUGAAGCUUCUUUAUGGCUCCCUCUUAAAGAUGAUCAGACACUGACUUAAUUUCCUCUGGAGAAUAAUAGCCUUUGGCUCUGUACAUCUCCGAUCCUGGGGGCCCCUUUCUACCUUCUCCAAAGAUCCAUGAAAAAGACUUGUCUAGCAGAACAUUUCAGCCAGUUUUUGUUCCCAGAAACGGGCUGGCUGGUGGUGUAGUGGGAUUAGCACUGGACUUUGAGGGCUGAGUUCAAAUCCAGCCGGGUCCCAACCUGGGCAGCAGCAGUAUCUGUGCAGAAGAAAGACCUGGCAAUCUACUUCUGUAUCUUGCCACGAAAACUAUACUAACCAUAGGGUCAGCGGAGUCGAUGGCAUUCAACAACAGGAACAUGCUGCCAAAGGGUUUCGACCCGAAAAGUCAACUAUACUCUUUUCCUACAUGCUGCAUGGCCUGCUGAGUUCCUCCAGUGUCUUGUGUGUGUUGUGUGUUUUGCUCUGAUUUUCUCUUGUUUGUGAUGGGGAACAAUGCUGUUGGAGGAGAUUGAAACACUUUCAAUCACCCAAUAACAAGAUCCAGUGGAGUUGGUAAAUGCAAGGUAAAUUUUCCAUUAGCUUGCUCCAGUCUAAUUUCCUACUCAUGACUUCCUUUUCUGUCUUUCCAUCUUUUGGCUUCGAGUGGUGAGAAUAUAAUACCAAAAUGGGGAUGCUUUUGUAUUAGCCUGGGAAUGUCCAAAUGAGUUUAACAAGAGGGACUUUGAAUAUUCUGUAAAUUUCUAUUGGAUUGGUCUGUACUGCCAUUUAAAUCCUGCAGCUUGCCAAUUCUGUCCAAUUUAAGAAAUUCUGGAAAUAUUGAGUAGCACACGCAAAAUGCUGGAGGAACUCAAAGUCAGGCAGCAUCUAUGGAAGGGAAUAAACAGUUGACAUAUCGGCCAAGACCCUUCAGUAGUUCUGCAUAUGAUAUAUUAUUCUAUGCUUUCAUCAUUGGAUUACUUACAAAGUAAUUGAUGCAUUUUAGGCAUUUCUACCUAGGAUUAUGGAAAAAUAUGGUUUCAAAACUCCAUCAUUAAAUUUGAGGGAGCCUUACAAAAUAGAGGAAUAAAAUGAAAAAAGUAUUGGAAAUAGUCCAGAGGUCGGGCAUCAACUCUGGAGAGAGAACCAGGGUUUCAGUUCAAUGAUCGUCCAUUAGAAUAGGGAAGAAUUAGAACUGACAUUGGCUGGAAUUGCAGGGGAAGAUGUGUAAUCAUGCAUGGGGGAGGUCAGUGAUGGAGUGGGGGUACAAGUAGUUGGGACAGGUAGUGUUGGCUGAAAAAGGGGAGUGAAAACUAUUUAUUAAUGCGGGAGGCAUAAGAUGAAUGGAAUUUGAAAUGCCAUAAGAAGGAGAGAAAACUGAAUGAAAACUGGAAUUGACGACCAUCAGAAUUUGCUGAAUCCAGAAUUGAGUCCUGAAAGUUGUAACGUGCUAAGCUGGAGGAUGAGGUGCUUUCCUUGACCUAAUGUUGGAGCUUUAUUUGAAAAGUGUUAGAGGUCAAAGGUAGAUCAGAGAAUUAAAAUGAGAGGAAAGUGCAAGUUCAAGAUAAAUCUUGCAGUCCUAAUGAUCUGCAAACAGCACAAAAGAAGAUCACACACCAAGAAUUUAAUUCAGUAUACUAAACGGGAAGUUGUACUGAAAAGGAACUUGGCUGAAAGCAGCUUUUUGGGUCUCUAAGUGACAGUAAUGAAAUAAAAGAGCAGGUGAUGUAAUUUAAUUUGUUUUUGCAUAAAAGAGCUACAAUGUUUGGGGUUUGCUAAAUGGUCAAAGUUUUCCAUAUAGCAUGUUGUUAAAAUCAAUAUUACUACACUCUUUGGAAUUAAACAAGAUCUGCAAUGUUUGGGGUUUGCUACAGUCAAAGUUUUUCCAUAUAGCAUGUUGUUCUUUAAAUCAAUAUUACUACACUCAUUUUGGAAUUAAACUUGAAAUGCGCAAUAAAAAAAACAAAGUGCUGGAAACAUUCA